CACUUUCGAACAACAAUAAAAUUAUAAAUUAUUAUUUCUCGGCAUUGUUGUCUUCAUUCUCCGAAAUGUUUACAUUCAAUUUACUACACUAAAUUUACAGCAGUUACUAUUUAAAUUAAAUUAAUUAACAUCAGAAAUGGACGGAAAACCUCAAUGCCCGACUUGCGGUAGAACAUUUUCGACAAAACAGAAUUUACGGAGACACAUGCGGAUUCACACAAAUGAGAAGCCGUUUAAAUGCAAUAUCUGCGAAAGUCCUUUUUCGGAUGAAAGCAAUUUAAGACAGCACUUGAUAUCGCAUUCGGAUGAAAGACCAUUCAAGUGCAAUUAUACAGGUUGUGGAUGGAGCUUUAAAUGGAAAAAUAAUUUAGAUCGACACGUGUACAGAAAGCAUCCUCAACAGAUUUUAUCUAAAAUUCCAGCAGAUGACCAGAAGAUACAAAGCCGUAUAUGUCACAUUUGCAGAAAACCUUAUAAAAAUUUAUCUGCUUUAAAAAUCCACUUGAGAACUCACAGCACAGAACGGCCAAUUACUUGUAAUUUUUCCAACGGUAGAUUCAUGUACAAACAUAACUUACACAGACACAUCAGAAAUUUUCAUGCAGGAGAGGAAAGUCCAUCUUGCUCCCAGAUAUCACCAGAUGACCUGGAGGUCACAAGACGUAAAUGUCAUAUGUGCGGAAUAGUUUUUUCCGCUUCCGAUUCUUUCAGAGGACAAAUGAGAACUCACACCGGAGAGCGGCCAUAUUCAUGCAAUAUUUGCAACGAAUCAUUUACAUUAAAAACUCAAUUGAAGAGGAGACACCAGAAAAAGUUUCACCCGGAAGACAAAACACACACUAAGUGUAAACCUCAAUGCCCGACUUGUGGUAAAACAUUUUCAACAAAACAAAAUUUACAGAGACACAUGCGGAUUCACACAGAUGAGAAGCCGUUUAAAUGCAAUAUCUGCGAACGUCAUUUUUCGGAUGAAACCAAUUUAAGACGGCACUUGCUAUCGCAUUCGGAUGAAAGACCAUUCAAGUGCAAUUACACAGGUUGUGGGAUGGAAUGCCCGACUUGUGGUAAAACAUUUUCAACAAAACAAAAUUUACAGAGACACAUGCGGAUUCACACAGAUGAGAAGCCGUUUAAAUGCAAUAUCUGCGAACGUCAUUUUUCGGAUGAAACCAAUUUAAGACGGCACUUGCUAUCGCAUUCGGAUGAAAGACCAUUCAAGUGCAAUUACACAGGUUGUGGGAUGGACUUAGAGUCAAUAAGACUUGUUCGAUUGUGCGUAAUUGCUAACAUCAGUAAUAAAAUUAACAAUAUUACUGAGCAACACCUUUGUAUAAGUGACAGUAUAAAAGACAGCAGAAGUGAAAAGAAGAAAGAGUAUUCUUGUACCAGCGCAGGAAUUGAUUCAGACGAAAGAAAACAUCAAUGCACGAAUUGCGGUAAGACAUUCUCGACAAAACAUAAUUUAAGUGAACACAUGCGAACUCACACAAAUGAGAAACCGUUUAAAUGCGAAUUCUGCGGAAGACGUUUUUCGCAAAAAAGCAAUUUAACACGGCAUCUAAAAUUGCAUUCGAAGGAAAAGCCUUUCAAGUGUAAUUACAAAGACUGUGGAUGGAGCUUUAAACGAAAAGAUGAGUUAGAACGACACCAGUUCGUACGGCAUCGCAAAGAGAUUUUAUCUAAAAUGUCACCAGAUGACCCGAAAAUCACAAGCCGUAAAUGUCAUAUUUGCGGAAUACUUUUUUCAACUACUCAGGCUUUAAGAGGUCACCUGAGAACUCAUACUGGAGAGCGGCCAUAUUCAUGUAAUAAUUGCAACGAAAAAUUCAGUUUCAACACUCAAUUAAUAAGACAUCAAAUAAAGUUUCAUCCGAAAGCGGAAACACAAACUUGUUUCGAGGAUAUAAAAGACAACAUUAAAGACGUUAUAAGUGAGAGGAAAACAAAAGAAUUAGAUCCCUAUUUUAGUGCAGCAAACGAUUUCGACGAAGAACAAAAACAACGUAAAGAAAUCAUUUCUGGAAUGACGAGCGACAUAUCAGAUGAGUCUGAAGACAUCCAUGAAGACACUACCUUCGAAACAGAUGUGGUACCAUCGACAUCUUUCGACCUGUUUCCAGAAGUAAGAAUCGAUCGAUAUGAAUUGGAGUGUGUCUUGUGUCAAGAUAUAAAAGACAACAUUAAAGACGUUAUAAGUGAGAGGAAAACAAAAGAAUUAGAUCCCUAUUUUAGUGCAGCAAACGAUUUCGACGAAGAACAAAAACAACGUAAAGAAAUCAUUUCUGGAAUGACGAGCGACAUAUCAGAUGAGUCUGAAGACAUCCAUGAAGACACUACCUUCGAAACAGAUGUGGUACCAUCGACAUCUUUCGACCUGUUUCCAGAAGAAAGAAAACAUCAAUGCCCGAAUUGCGGUAAAACAGUUUCGACAAAACAUAAUUUACAGAGACACAUGCGGAUUCACAAAAUUGAAAAACCGUUUAAAUGCGAAUUCUGCGGAAGACGUUUUACAUGGAAGAGCAAUUUAACGCGGCAUCUAAAAUUGCAUUCGAAGGAAAAGCCUUUCAAGUGUAAUUACAAAGACUGUGGAUGGAGCUUUAAACAGGAAGAUGAGUUAGAACGACACCAGUUCGGACGGCAUCGCAAAGAGAUUUUAUCUAAAAUAUCACCAGAUGACCCGAAAAUCACAAGCCGUAAAUGUCAUAUUUGCGGAAUACUUUUUUCAACUCCUGACGCUUUAAGAUGUCACUUGAGAACUCACACCGGAGAGCAGCCAUAUGCAUGUAAGAUUUGCAACGAAAAAUUCAGAUUCAGCCCUCAAUUAAUAAGACAUCAGAAAAAGUUUCAUCCGAAAGCGGAAACACAAACUUGCUUAGAGAAAAGUAAGCAAGAUGUUCAACAACAGCAGCAAGAAGCAUUUGAACAACCAUCGACAAGUUCUCAAACAGCACAGUCUAUAGAAUUUGAAGAAAUUUCUUCACAAGAGAUUCUUUUUACUCCAAAAGAAAGUGAAGAAUUUCUUGAAAACGUUGACGUCGAUUUAGAAAUUGAACGAAUUGAAAGAUCCUCACAAAUGGAAUUCUUUCCGGAAAUGGACGUUGAAGAAAGUAAAUUUGAAUGUCCGUUGUGCUGUGAACAAUUUCCAGACGAAAUUGCACUAGAAGAACACAAAAGAAGAUUAAUUAGGCAGACGAAUGGAAUCUUCUUUCAUGUAUUUUUAAUGAAACGUCGUCUAAAAGUUGUUCACGGCACAACGGACAAUCCAAUUUACUUUCUUCAACGUCCAUUUGUGGGAAGAAUUCCACAGUGGUUGGAUUUCGACCAGUGCGAGUGGCAAUAUUACGGAAUGAUAAUCCACACUCUCGAUAGGCAACAAUCCUGCCUCUAUCGAAUUCCGACACUUGCUGGUUUAAACAUUGAGAAGAGAAAGAAUGGGAAGUAUCAAUGUGAUAGUUGCAAGAAAAUAUUUAUUUCGAAGCGAGGAUUUGUAUGUCAUCGAAGGAUUCACAGUGGAGAAGGACUCUUGUCUUGCAAAUUCUGUAACCGUCGGUUCAAUCAAUCCAGCAGUCUUCGUACCCAUGUCAACACUCACACCGGAGAAAAACCCUUUACCUGUGAUCAUUGCAAACGGAGUUUCACACAGAAAGGAAAUCUGAUUGAACAUCUGCGAACUCACUCAGGGGAGAAACCCUUCACCUGUGAUCACUGCAAACGGAGUUUUACACAGAAACGGACUCUGAUUGUACAUCUACGACUUCAUACAGGGGAAAAGCCAUACUCGUGUACUUAUUGCUUACAAAAUUUCCGUUUUAAAAGUAGUUUAAAUAAUCAUAUUAUCAAAUGUCAUAAUAACAAUGAAUGGGAGAAACCCUUUACCUGUGAUCAUUGCAAACGAAGUUUUACACAGAAAGGAACUCUGAUUGAACAUCUGCGAACUCACACAGGGGAGAAACCCUUUACCUGUGAUCAUUGCAAACGAAGUUUUGCACUGAAAGGAACUCUGAUUGAACAUCUGCGAACUCACACAGGGGAGAAACCCUUUACGUGUGAUCAUUGCAAACGAAGCUUUACACACAAAGGAAAUCUUAUUCAACAUCUCCGAGUGCAUACAGGGGAAAAGCCAUUUUCGUGUACUUAUUGCUUACAAAAGUUCCGUUUUAAAUGUAGUUUAAAUAAUCAUAUUAUCAAAUGUCAUAAUAACAAUGAAUAACGCUAUUUGUUAUGAAGGAAAAUGUUUACAAAAGUAUUUAUUCGUAUUAAUAUUCGUAUUUAGAUUUUAUUCAACUUAAAA